AUGACGACCAGGCGAUACAAGAAGCGAAAGACCUCGAAUUCUGAAUCUGAUGUGAAGGCCCCAACACUUCCUAGAACAUCCUAUAUCGCAAAGCUACCUCUCGAAUUACUUGCCGAAAUACUUCUUUACACCAAAUCUCCCAAAGACAUUCUUGCUCUCUCUAGAUGCAGCAAGUUCUUCUGCCGCACCCUUCUCCAUGAGGCAAAUCAAUACAUAUGGCGAUAUGCGAGGCAGAAUUGCCUUCAAGGAGGACUUCCGGAACCCUGUCCACGCUUUACAGAAUCUUCAUUUGCAGCCUUCGUAUUUGACGCUGGCCCGUGCGAGAUAUGCGAUAAACAGGUCAACUUCUACAGCUCAUUUGGUCUCCGAGUGCGACUAUGUGCCGACAAGAGCUCUCCACAAGUGAGCCCACUUUCUCAGCAAAGAAAGCAUGCCAUCUCAUGUGCAGUAAUCAGUCGCAAACUUCAUGUGAACCACCCCCCCAAAGAUGCAUAUAAGGUUUUCGAAACCACUUUACCAGUCGUCGAGAGGUCGGAUUGUUUUGGUACGCAUGUUCUGAACAAUUUGCUUAUGCAAGUCAUUCAAAUUAUUUAUAUCAACUACUUACUGACAUCUUAUCACUGUCAGCUUUGCUCAAGGAGGAGUGCCCAGACAAAGAUGUACAUGGAGAUGUGUGUUGCUUUGCAUGCCUGGCGGAAGGAAUAUGCGGAGGCUCAAAAUUUAGUGAAAGAUGUUAAUACAAAGUUCUCAAAAGGACUGGCCACCAGAGAAGGACUGAAUUUUUGGGACAUGAUGAACACGCCGACAUACAGUCUUUUAAUGAAGCAGAAAAAUGCCUCGUUGGAAGAAAUACAAUAUUUAGCAGAUUAUAAGACACUGGAAGCCGCUAUUGCCGCUGAGCUCGUUAAAGUCGUAGAAAGCAGAUCUCGCCGUGCACAUGAAGCUGGCUAUUCUACCUGUCGUCGUGCUGUUGAAAAGCAUUACAAUAGACUACGUGCACUCAAACAAGAGACUCCUUUGCCCUCCCUUCCUUCCUUCCGUGGACUCCCAACGAUUCGUCAAAUUCAACAGUCCGUCGGUCAAUCUGAAAAGGAGGUUGACACCAGCCUUCAAUCCCAAGCUAUUCAAACCCUCGUUCAUUCGGAAAUAGCAAAAUUUCACUUGGAGGCAAAAAACAGUCUCGCUGCGAUUUUAGGUUUCCAAAAUUGGAAGUCUCCGAGUAGCAGGAAGCUGCACCCAGUGGAUAGGCUGACGGCGAGAUUUCAGUGUCGGACGUGCCACAGGGUAGAGGCUAAGUAUAAAGACUUUGGAUCGCUAGACUAUGCCGGAGCUAUCAUGCAUUCAUGUUCUGUGACUCUUGACAAGUCGAUCCCUCAAAGGCCCUUCAAGGCUGCGAGGUUUGAAAAGGACACAAAGGCUAUAGCCGCGAUAUCUUCGCUUCUAGAAGCAUGCGAUAUUUCUGAAGACGAAAAAGGCUCGCAUGAACUUUUGUCCGCGAUUGGACCCAGGGUCUUAUGCCUGAGUUGCGAUGCACAAAUUAUAUUGGAACCUUUGGACGUGAUCGGCCACUCGCAUCGUCACGAAUCCAUGUCGCUCGCGAUUUUACCCCAAGAUGAAGCCAGCAAGAUCAUUGGUGACCAUCCCCUCUCUCAUGGACUCGCCGCGAGAUUGACGAGCAAAGGCAAAAUUUCUCUUGAGAUGCGAAAGUUGAAAGUGUAUAUGUGUCGCCAUUGCAUGCAAGUGAAGCCUGAAAUAAUGUCGAUUCCAACGACUGGAAUGGCAGCAGAGGCCACUUCUGGAAAUACUCUAUCAACAUCUACUCCUGCUGCCAUUACCAAGACGAAUAUCUCCAUCAACAUUGAUGAUUCUGUUCCUACCACAGACACACAUUUGAAAGCUGUCGCCGAUACCGCCAUUCGCAAAGUACACUCUCCAGCCGCAAAACCAUGUCGCAAACCUGCAACCUAUAUCUUUGACGGUCUAAGGUCCCAUCUCAAGGAACUGUAA